AUGGACACUGAUGUGCAGUCACUUCGGGCAGUGACCACCAGUCUUGACGGUCCUCCGAGCCCGAAGCCCCUGACUGGACUGGGGACCAGGCGUGCCUCUGGGCAUAAGUACAGACAGUCAGGGCCGAGCGUGUGCAGCCCCCAGGAGUACAAGCAGUGGCUGCCCUCCCGCCAUGACGCCAGCCUGCUGCCCAUGCGGGAGGAUCUGGCCUUCUGGCUCAGCAGAACCAUGGGUGUGGACCUCACAGCAGACAGUCUGAUGGAGACGCUGGAUAACGGCGUGCUCCUCUGUCAGCUGGCACAGCUGCUCCAGGAGAAGAUGAUCCAGGUCAGCAAUGGCAAGCCCUUUGUAAGAAGAGUGAUCCACUGGCGAGCCGACGCAACGUCUGGAUCAUUUCUCGCUCGAGACAACGCCGCCAACUUCCUCUACUGGUGUCGAAAGAUCGGCGUCGACGAGGCUUUCCUGUUUGAGUCAGAGGAUUUGGUCCUGCACAAGCAGCCUCGGGAGGUGUGUCUGUGUCUGAUGGAGCUGGGACGCAUCGCAGCCACGUUUGGAGUGGAGCCCCCAGGGCUGGUGAAGUUAGACAGCGAGAUAGCGAGGGAGGAGGGGGGGUGCUCAGCUCCAUCCUCCCCUCGGCCCCUCUUCACUUUUCCCCCUGCAUCACUGCAUUCGCCAUCAAAUGCGUCCCCGCUUGGCGUCCCCUCGCCGCCUCCUCCGCCCGCUCCCUUCACUCCCAGCGCAAGUUGUUCUUCUGAAGCUGUGGCUGCGUCUCUCGGCUCUGAUCUUCAAUCAGCCACAACAAACCCAGUGCCCGCAUGCUUGUCCCCUCCCCGGUGCUCUCCCCUGGCCUCUAACCCGUCUACAACCACAGCCUCCACACAGACGCCUUUGUUCUCGUCCGCUUCGCCUCCCCCGGUGUCCUCUGCCAGAGCCUCCAAACACAGCCGCGCGCCCACGGCCACCUUCCCUCCGACCCCUCGCUCGUCUAAGUCCCCGGGACGGCGGAGCACCGGCGCCAACAGCGUUUUAGAUGACAUUGUAAGGAGCAUUGUUGAAACCCCCCCCUGCAGCUGUUCAACCAGCUUUCUGGUUGAGAGGCAACCUAAAGGCCGCUACCGUGUUGGAGAGAAGGUUCUGUAUAUACGAGUGCUGAACGAGCGGCACGUGAUGGUGCGCGUGGGCGGAGGCUGGGAGACCUUCGCCAGUUAUCUGCACAAACAUGACCCGUGCCGAGGAGGAGGACCGGUCAGGGUCUGCGGGGACAAAGCGGAGUCGCCCGACGGCUACAUGGUGGUGGGCGCCCACCACCGCAGCAAGAAGUAGCCGCUCACGUCUGCUGCAGGGAGCGUCACUCCAUCAGACAGUACAAGGUCAACCACUGAACACAGCAGCUGAGCCUCCUUCAUGUGGCGUUUAAAAGGGAAUCUGAUGAAACAGCUACAGAACUUACCUUAUGACAGGAUGAGCAGGACACGGAUCAACAUUCAGUGUUUCUUUUCUGUGUCACGCGUGUUUGUAAACUGACUGAUGGACUGUGGGUUUGGGACCAUUGGUAGAAGACUAAUCAAUCAAAUAAUCAUAAACAAUGAUUAAAUACAUCCCUUGGCCUGUGAGAGAUUGGAACUAGAACUUUUCAACACUUCAGGAAAUUUCAUAGAAUAGGACCUAAUUGAUAGAAGUGGCAGAUAUUUUCUGUUAAUUUUAUUGAAUUGUAGUUGGUAAACUUUUUGCUACUUGUAUGUGUUUAUGUUUGUAGUUCUGUAGCCAUUAGUUCCAUUUUACUUGUGUACUUAUUUCCAUGUGUAGUUUUAGUUGUUGUCUAACCAAAAAAUAGACCAUAUAUAUCUACAUUUUGAGUUAUCUACAGGUUAUGGUUUUUAUUUUAAGCAUAUUUAUCAUAAUUAGAAGGUCACAAUAUUCUGUAAUACUUGUUGGAUGUAACGCAGUAAUAUGUUGGCGUGCUGCAGUGGAAUCACCCAGCUUUAACAAGGCAAAGGCACAAAGCAUGGUGUCCUCCCU